GCCCUGCCACCCCGCCGCCAGGGGGCGCUCGCGGGAAUCCCCGCGGGUCCGCGUGCCACGUGUCCCGGAAACGCGCUGGGCCCCCGCGUCACGAGGCAUCCUGAGGCCCGGUGAGGUGGGCCGCAACCCAAGCUCGCGGGCACGCGCGCGUGGCAGCGCAGGUCUCUGAGGGCGGCCGGGCCGGAGGAGGGACCACAGGGGCCAGGCAAGCUGCGCGAGCGCCGAGGUGUGGCCCUGCCCGCCUUCCAGACUCGACAUGCUGCCCUGGACCCCCCGGCAGUGGGGCGCGGGCGAAGAGCAGGCGCCCAGGGAACGACGCCCCUCAGUGGGCAGCGGCCUCUCCCAGGCCUGGGACUCCAGAGAGAAAGCCCUGGGAGAACCAGGAACAGCCGCACAGGGCAGCCCUCAGCCCUGGCCUCGAAGGCUUUCCUGGACUCGGAAAGAGCAGCUACGGCCUCGGCUGCCCCCAGGCCUGGCUGCCAAGCAUUCCCUGGGAACUCCAGUCUCUUGCCCUCUCUCCCCCUGCCCUCGCCCCCCAGUUCCUUUCUCCCCUCAGAGGACUUGGGGGGUGGCACCAUCAAAGAUGACCCUGCUAGCGCCCUGGGACCCCAACUAUGAGGCUACAGCAGGACAUCGGCUGGUGUGGGGACCCAGCUGUGCGUCUGGCGUCUCCUUCUCAAGCCGGACCUUGUACCAUCCCUCAUUCUGGCCUCUGUGCCAGACAGCCUCAUGCAGGGGCCUCAGGCCCAGUCUAGCAGGACAUCGGGGUGAAGAGCAAGCGCUCAGGACUGCAGGGUUCCCGGUGAUGUGCUCUGAAGACGUCUUCUUUUUGGACCCUCUGCUGCCCUGUGGGCAGCGUGUUCCCCUGUACCUGUCUGAGGUCCCUCAGCAGGUAAGCGCUCCUCCUGCCUCAGCCUCACCCCAGCCUUCAGGCAGGGCUUGCGGGGAGCCACUGCCCCUCCUCUCUCCUCAGGUGAUGGGCUCUCUGAAGCUGCUGCUCCCACGCCCGAUCAUGUCCCCCUGGCUCCUCCCCAUUCCAUCUUCAGGCUGCUCCACUACCUGGCUCAGUGGGCCAGAGCUGAUCGCCCUCACUGGCCUCCUGCAGAUGAGCCAGGGGGAACCAAGACCCAGCUCCUCAGGGGCUCCCAGGCUCCCUUCUGGCCCCCCAGCCCCUGCCUCUGAUCACCCAGCUGCCAGUGGUGGCCCAGGCUGUUCUCACUGCGGGGAACCAUCUCUCCCUGGGACCCCAGACGCCCAAGGUCCAUAGCUCCUCCAGGGACAGAAUGGGUCCUCUACUUCCCCAGGCAGGUUCUUUUGAUAAUAAAACUGUUGGUUUGCAAA